AUGGUAGCGAUGCCGAACCCUACAGAUAUUCCGUCCUUCGCCGCCUCGCAGCUCACCCUGCUCGAUGCCGAGCUUCAAGCCGAGCUCUCCGAAACAAACGCGCUUCUCUCGUCACACACGCCUACCGCCCUCUCACGCGCCGGUCUCGCGAUCCUGAACCUUAACAUAUCUUCUAUACGGACAGGGCUGGGCGGCAAGACCGUAGUUGAGCUGGGAUUAGAUUCGGCAGUUGUGGCCAAAGGCGAGAAGCCGGACAUCCCAGAACACGGCAUACGUGUGGGCGAUAUAGUCGCGGUUCAAGAUCAACCUAGCGGGAGCGCGAAGAAGACGGAAAAGAAAGAGCUCGAGAAGAAAGGCGCCUCGGGCGUAGUUCUCAGGGUACGCAGGGAGAAUGUGGAAAUUGUACUGGACAAAGAGGACGCAGAUGUGCCUACUGGCGGCAAGCUAUGGAUGUUAGUUUACACAUUGUGGGCGGCUGUGUCAGGAAUAAUGAGGCUGAUACAUGUACUAGAGUCAAAUUGGCGAACGACGUCACCUACAAGAGGUACGUCCUGGCCGAAUACACUGUUUCAAUCUUUACCUGAACUUAUUCAUGAUAGGAUGAACCAAACGAUGAACAGGCUGCAGAAGCUCGGAGACCAAGAGUACACUCCCUUCAUGCGCGUACUCUUUGGACAGGCAUCGCCUACGCCCCUACCUUCAGACCUGAACGAUCCAUCAAACCCCCUCCAUAAGCUCGAGUGGAACGAUCCAUCUCUCAAUGACAGCCAACAAGAGGCUAUCAGAUUUGCGCUAGCUUCCCGAGAGGUUGCGCUGAUCCAUGGCCCACCAGGCACAGGCAAGACGCACACCCUGAUUGAGCUUAUUCUUCAAUUGCUCAAACAGAAGCUUCGCUUGCUGGUAUGCGGUCCAUCGAACAUAUCCGUAGAUAACAUUGUCGAGCGUCUAGCAUCUCACAAAGUACCUAUGGUGCGCCUCGGGCACCCAGCACGCCUCUUACCAUCUGUUUUGAACCACUCGCUCGACGUGCUCACACGAACGUCAGAAGCAGCCGCCUUAGUCCAGGAUGUUCGCAAAGAAAUGGAUGACAAACAAACUUCUAUCCGUAAGACCCGCAACGCCAAAGAGCGCCGUCAGAUCUACAGCGAGCUAAAAGAGCUCCGACAAGAGUACAGAGAGCGAGAGAAAGGAUGUGUUAAUAAUCUCGUGACUGGCAGCAAGGUCGUUCUUGCGACGCUGCAUGGCGCGGGUGGCUUUCAUCUAAAAGUUCAAGAGUUCGACGUCGUCAUUGUAGAUGAGGCCAGUCAGGCUUUGGAGGCUCAAUGCUGGGUACCUUUAUUGUGGGUCAAGGCAAGUAAGCUGGUGUUGGCCGGCGACCACCUCCAAUUACCACCCACUAUCAAGUCGCUCAACUCGAAACAAACGAAAGCGGCCAAGAAGGAAGCCAGCAAGAGUGACGAUAGCGCGGAGAAACCCGCUGGCAAGCUGAUUACCGGCAUGACGCUCGAAACAACUCUUUUCGACAGGCUACUUUCUCUACAUGGACCAUCUAUCAAGCGGAUGCUAACGACGCAAUAUCGCAUGCAUGAAAAGAUAAUGCGAUUUCCAUCGGACGAACUAUAUGAUUCGAAACUUAUCGCAGCAGACUUCGUCAAGGACCGUCUACUGAAGGAUUUGAAGUACGACGUGGAAGAAACUGAAGAUACACAAGAGCCGCUCGUCUUCUGGGACACUCAGGGCGGUGACUUUCCUGAAAAGAUCGAAGACGAGGGUGUGAUAGGCAAGGGCGGCAAAGGCAUGAGUCUUGGCGAUAGCAAAUCUAAUGAAGCAGAAGCGGCGUUGGUGAAGAUGCAUGUCGCGAAUCUGAUCAAAGCCGGCGUUAAAGCGGAAGACAUCGCGGUGGUUACGCCAUACAAUGCACAGGUACGCGUCUCUCCACCCUGCCCAUAA